GAAACCACUGUCUUGCGUGUUUGGGUCUCUCUCUCUCUCUCUGGAAAAAAGGGUUUUGUUGCGACUAAUCGGAAGAAAUCGAAAAAUUUUCCUAGAAUCUGAUGACGAAUUCUUGUUGAUCUUCGUUGGAAGAUUAAGAAACCCACGGAGUUUUAGAUAAGUUCUUCGGGAAAUUGCGAGAAGCUUUGAUUCUGGGGAAAAGUCUCCUUGAACAUCCCAGACAGAAGAACCGAGAAGUAGAAGAAAGGAACUCGGAACUAAGAUGGGCUCUGAGCAAAACGACAGUACAAGCUUCCCACCAUCAGAGCCGAAGCUCUGCGCUAAUGGCUGCGGCUUCUUCGGGUCGCCUUCCAACAUGAACCUCUGCUCAAAAUGUUACAGAGACCUCCGAGCCAAGGAGGAGCAGAACGCUGUUGCCAAAGCCAGUGUCGAGAAGUCAUUCAAGCCGUCAAAUGGCAGGCUCCCAAAGCUAGAACAGCCUUCAAAACCCAAGCCCGUGUCUGAAGAAGCAGCCAUUGUUGCCACCGAGACAACAUCUGCAGCAACAGCUGACCAGGGCGAGCCGUCCAGACCAGUGUCCAACCGGUGCUUCAGCUGUAAUAAGAAGGUCGGGAUCAUGGGGUUCAAGUGCAGGUGCGGCAGCACGUUCUGCGGCGAUCACAGGUACCCGGAGAAGCACGAGUGUAGCUUCGACUUCAAAGAAGCUGGUCGUGAUGCUAUCGCUAAGGCGAAUCCGCUGGUCAAGGCGGAUAAAGUCCAGAGGAUCUGAACUGGAUAUCUCUAAGCAUUCGGGUUUGUGUUUCUUCUUCUCAUUUGGUCCGUUGGGUUGGUUUCGGGAUUGUCUUUUCAGUGGGGGAUGAACUUCUGGCGUGUGUGCAAGUUCCUGAGAUGAUUGAGCUUAAAGUGAAUCAGAGUAUGUAACUUGCUUUCACUCGGUAUUAUAUUUGAUCGUCCUGCCUUUGUUUCUA